AUAGGUUUGUCUCCUUGGAUGAUACGAUGUGGUUUGAUAAGACAAUAAAUCGAGUCGUAUCCGAGGAAAUGGACGAAGAGGUUUACCUCCCUUAUGUGAAACCAACUUUCUACUUUACGGAUUUCAUGAGAGAUGCCCCUGAAGCAACUGGUGAUGAGCCAGAAGAUGCUGACUUUGACAUGCCAAAGAUUUAUGAACCUGUACCAUCGUUUGAGGUUCUGGAAGAGAGGUUACAUAUGUUCCUGCAGCAGUACAAUGAAAGUAUACGAGGUUCUGGAAUGGAUCUUGUAUUCUUCAAGGAUGCUAUGACCCAUCUUGUGAAGAUUUCACGUAUCAUACGUACACCUAGAGGCCACGCCCUCCUGGUUGGUGUGGGAGGUUCCGGUAAACAGUCGCUGACCAAGCUUGCCUCGUUCAUUGCUGGCUACAAAACAUUCCAGAUUACUUUGACCAGGUCAUACAAUGUGUCGAACUUGCUGGAAGAUUUGAAAUUCUUGUACAGAACUUCUGGACAACAAGGAAAGGGAAUCACAUUUAUCUUCACAGAUCAGGAAAUUAAAGACGAAGGCUUCCUGGAAUAUCUGAACAACGUCCUCUCAUCUGGUGUUGUAGCCAACUUGUUUGCUAGAGAUGAAAUGGACGAAAUUCUUGGUGAGUUGAUCCCAGUGAUGAAGAAAGAGUUUCCACGACGACCACCAUCCAAUGAAAACCUGUAUGAAUAUUACCUGUCACGUGUCAGGAAUAAUCUCCAUGUAGUGCUAUGUUUCUCUCCAGUUGGUGAGAAGUUCCGUGCACGUUCCCUCAAGUUUCCAGGUCUGAUUUCUGGAUGUACAAUGGACUGGUUCCAGAGAUGGCCAAGAGAUGCCUUGAUCGCUGUAGCAGACCACUUCCUGUCACAGUUUAACAUAGACUGUACACCUGAAGUAAAGAAACAAGUGAUCCAGACAAUGGGAUUGGUGCAUGAUGGGGUAGCAGAAUCUUGUACUGACUAUUUCCAGAGGUAUCGUCGUGCAACACAUGUGACGCCAAAAUCUUACCUGUCAUUUAUCAAUGGUUACAAGACAAUUUACACAGACAAGAGGAAUGAGAUCGGUGAACUUGCUAGCAGAAUGAACACAGGUUUGAAGAAGCUGAUUGAAGCAUCAGAAGCUGUAGCCGUACUAGAGAAAGAGCUGGCUGUUAAGGAGAAGGAACUUGAAGUAGCCUCCAAAAAAGCUGAUGAAGUAUUGAAGGAGGUCACAACAAAAGCUCAAGCUGCAUCAAAGGUCAAAGAGCAAGUUCAAAAGGUCAAGGACAAAGCUCAGGCUAUUGUAGAUGCCAUUGAGAAGGACAAAAAUAUUGCAGAAGCGAAAUUGGAAAAAGCUCGUCCUGCUCUUGAAGCAGCAGAAGCUGCUCUGAACACUAUUAAACCAGCUGAUAUAGCUACUGUGAGAAAGCUGGGAAAACCACCUCAUCUUAUUAUGAGAAUUAUGGACGCUGUGUUAUUGUUGUUCCAGCAUAGACUGGAAUCAGUUCAACCUGAUCCAGAGAGACCAUGUGUGAAACCAUCCUGGUCUGAUUCAUUGAAGAUGAUGUCAGGAACUAACUUCCUGGCACAGUUAGUGCAGUUCCCGAAGGACACAAUCAACGACGAGACUGUUGAGUUGAUGAUGCCGUACCUGGAAAUGGAGGACUAUAACCUGGAGAAUGCCAAGCGUGUGUGUGGUAACGUUGCUGGUUUACUGUCCUGGACAGAAGCUAUGGCUGCUUUCUUCUCUAUCAACAAGGAAGUCUUGCCAUUAAAGGCUAACUUGGCAGUACAGGAGGCUAGGUUACAGGUUGCCAUGGGAGAUUUGGCUACUGCCCAGGCUCAGCUAGAUGAGAAAGAGAGAGAAUUAGCAGUGGUACAGGCUGAAUAUGACAAGGCUAUGUCUGAGAAACAG